GUCAAUAUCAUCCGUUUCGCUUUUUGCUUGCAAAGAUUAUCCGUAGAAUAUAUUGGCCAAAUCCUGAGGGAGCCAUCACUGAAGAAAUCUAAUCUUCAACAAAUCAUUAUUUGUAGCCUUUUAUCUAUUCUUGUGUACUUAGGUGAGUGCAAAAAAAAGUGAGAUAUAAAUUUUCACAUGAAGUUGUAACUUCUUAAUCCAUUCAAAAUGGAUAAAGGAGUAUCGCUGCAACAGCUUUACGAAAUGUACAAGCGAUGGGUGAUAAACAACCCUAACCUGGUGACCGAUGUAGAGACCGUUGCCACAUGGUCCUCAUAUUUUGUGGCGGGAAAGAUAAACAAGUCCCCAAUAGUUUCGGAACUUGUGUAUUCCUUGUCUAAACUCCUGUCGCUAUUCAACGACCGCCUCAUCAAGGAAGCUUACGGAGGAGCAGUGCAUUACUACGGGUUAAGUGAUCAAAUAAAGCUUUGCCUAACAGUGAUUCAUUAUUGCGAGGUGUUCGUAGAGCUAGUCGUCAAACAGAAGUGUGGUUCACGUGGUAAGUGGACAGCUGCAACUCUAAUACAGCUUUUCAAGUGCUCUUCAGCACUGAUACUCUUGUACAAAUAUAAGGAACUACCUAUACAACAUCCCCCUAUUCCUGCAUUGCAAAGGAAAAAAUUCACUGAAGGAAAGGAGACAGAUGAAAACUCAAAUGCCUUCUUUACAUUAAGGCGUUCAGGGAGAGUUGUGCGAAAAGUUGACGGAGCUCCUCCAGUCUCAUUCCGUGACUGGCAACCAAUCAAAGUCAAAGAUGACAACAAACAGACAUUGGAUAUUAAUAAUUUACUACUGGCUGAAUCAUUGCAUAUCCUAAAACCAUUGAUACAUCUUAGUGCAAUGAGAGUAUUUGGGACAAAAGCAUGGAAACAGUGGCUAGUAGCUCUAGGUCUUGAUUUGGCUAGCAUGAAAUUAUACAACAGGCACAUGCAAGAUUUAUCAUAUGAACAAAGGCUUGAAAUCAGUCGUAGAAAAUUAGGACUAGUUUUAUAUUUGCUAAGGAGUCCAAUGUAUAAUGGAUACUCAAAGAAUGUUAUAGAAAGUAUCCUCAGUUCAUUAUCUAACAAAUUACCAAUGGCAGGUUUUAUAUGUGGUCCUAUAAUUCAAUAUCUAAGCCAUUGGCAGGAAAUAUAUUUCUAUAUGUGGGCAUCAUAGACUGUAUAAUUUGAAUAAUCACAUUGGUUCAGGUUAUAUUGCACUAGUUCAAUGGUUUGGUAAAUUAAUUCAUACAUUCCUUUAAUGCCAGACAGAUAUCUAAUGAACAUUUAAGUGUAAUAAAUCUCAUACAUACAAAGUUUCUGAUUACAUAUUGUCAUUGUUAAUGAUUGUCAAUGACUAUUGUAUUGAGCAAAAGUGUAUAAUUUGAGAACAAUAACAGUUGUCACACCUAGAGGUACUACUCCAUAUACUAUCACAAGUUACAUGUACUAUUCAUUAAAUUAUUCCUUUCUUAGGAAUAAGAAAGAAUUAAUUUGUAAUUACUGGAUAAUAUUAUUUUUGUUCUUCACAGACAUUCUUUGUUAUAUUAUCUCAAAACCAAUAAAUAGCUCCUUGAUAGAUAUGUUAUGCAAAAUCUGUAUAAUCUGGUGUUCUAUACAAUACCUAGGCAAUGUAUAGAAUGCCAAAGGCUCAACUUACAUUGGCGUAGAGUCAAAACGACGCGUCGCGUUUCGCCUUUAACAAAUUCAUCUCUAUAUUCCCACUAUUAGGGUUAUCCCACUUAUACGACGUGCGACUUCUUAAAAAUAAGUUUCAUGUUUUUCGUCUGUAGCAGGUCUGUGCUAUCAGGUGGCUGGCGCUUCGUUAGCUCAUGCUAAGUUUAGUUGACACAGCACUAACUUAACCUAAUCCACCAUGAUUUUGUCAAAUGUUCAUUGGUCUGAAGUUCAUUAGGUGAGAAUUAUAAAAUCCAUCAGUCAUUUUCUAUCCAACGGGAUUUAGUUAGGCUUAAUACAGGCCAAAUCUGUUUAUUUUACAUAUUGCCGCUGGGCCUCUACACAUUACGAAGGAAUUUUUUCCUCAUAAAAUAUUAUGAGAACUUGUAUUAAUUUAAAUCAAUAAAAUCACACAGAAGUUAUACUUUUUCUGUGAAGAAUUAUAUAAUGUGAACAAAUAUAAAAUUGUAUCUUUAUAGACAUGUAUUUUGGGUUUGUGUUUUGCUUAUCCAUUUGUAUUUUUUCUUUUUAUGACUCUAAUUGAAGUAAUGGACUGGGUCUGUGGAAUGCGCACUUAAUGGGACCCAAACUUUACACUAUAUAAAUAAUAUAGUGGUGUCGGGCUAUUCUAUGCAUAUAAUUAGUAAAAAAGAUUUGGACAUGAUAAAUAAUUGUUAAUUAUAUUUUAGGUAGCAAUGGGUAUAAGAAUUUUAAGUAUAAAGUGUUAAUAUUAUGAAGUAUUUGGUGUUAUAUAAAUAUGUUUUUAAUUUUAUUUUCUUUCAAGAAUAAACAUUUGAAUAUAAUUACAAUUUCUUUUCAUAGUCACAUAAGUAUUUUAUAAGAUUGUUUCUAUUUUUCUAAUUCUA